AUGGCCGAGCCACCCUCCUCGCCUCCCAGUGAGGCCACGAGCGCGGAGGAUGCGCUUUCCUGGUACAAGUCACAAUACGAGCAACUGGAACACGAGCUCUCUGAGUUCAGGGCAUCGAGUCAUGAACUUGAACAGGAGCUCGAGAAAGACCUCGACGCAGCAGACAAGCGCGAGCGGGCACUGCAGGAGAAGGCCGAGGGCUUGAGCUUCGAGGUCGAUGAGUGGAAGCGGAAAUACAAGGAAUCCAAGAUCGAAGCGAAUGCCGCGCAGAAUACACUGGAGAAAGAGAUCACGACCCUCCGAGAUGCGAACAGGACGCUACAAUUAAGACUGCGCGACAUUGAAGUGGCCAACGAUGACUUCGAGCGCCAGGCUCGGAACACCACGUCGUCCCUUGAGGACCUGGAGUCAAAGUACAACAUGGCUAUCGAGCGAGCAGUCAUGAUGGAGGAGGAAAUCAAGAUUGGGGAGCAGGAGCGAGAACAUCUCCGAAUCGAAGCACAACGGCUACGCGACGAACUGUCCGACCUGAAGAUCGAGGCUGAGAUCUUGCAAGACAAGAUCAAGAAGCAGGAACAACGGCACUUGUCAGCCAUCUCAACGGACCUCUCGGUUCCGGAGAGUCCAACCUUCGAUCACAGCCCGAUCUCCACGGCGAGCUCGCCUAUGAUCACUACGCCACCCGAAACAAUCGCGACCUCCACCAAGGAGCUCGUCGCCGAUAUCCACGAUCCUCCCUCACCUCCGAUGUCAGACGUCUCGAUCCCGCUACCCAAGAUCGCACCUGCGAAGACACCUGGGGGCGAGAUGGUACCACCACCGCGACCCAUGAGCCGUACAAGUCUAGGCGGCGCCAGAACGCCUCUCGGACGACCUCUGAGCAGAAGCAGCCUGGGCGGCAGCAUGCAUGGCCACUCGCAGAGCGUGAGCUUCAGCACGGCGGAGCUAGACGAGUUCAACGAGGGCGAGCUGCGGACGCCAAGCAGACGUGGCACAUACAGCCGGUUUGAGACGGAGAGCGGUGCAUCCGGCAUACCGACACCGAGCGCCAUCCCCAUGCCCAGCUCUAGGAGGCAGAGCGGAGGCGGCGCUACGGGACGUCGGACCAGCAGCGGAGCCGGGAUGAGAGAGUCGAUCGGCUCGAAGCUGCCGUCCAAGCUAACGGAUGUCGGGGAGACAUACUAA